AUGGAGCCGUCGAAACCCUCAAUUCAAUCUCUAGUAAGUGACAUCAAGAAAGAGAUUUUCUCAAAUGAUGAUCUCCAUGCAUUUGUUUCCCCAUCUGCCUAUGAUACUGCUUGGUUAGCCAUGAUUCCAGCCCAUCCCAGUAAACAAAAUUGUCCCAUGUUCAAGAACUGCUUGAAUUGGAUACUCGAAAACCAGAAAGAAGAAGGAUUUUGGGGCGAAAGAAAUGAAGAGGGUUUGCCAACCAUUGAUACUCUCCCCGCGACUCUUUCUUGCAUGGUCGCCCUUAAAACUUGGAAUGUAGGCCAAGAAAAUAUAGAAAAAGGAUUGGCAUUUAUUCAUUCCAAGGUAGAGAUACUUCUCAAAAUAAAUUACCAGAAUCUUCCUCGGUGGUUUUUCAUCGUUUUUCCGGCAAUGAUUGUACUCGCUCAGGCAGCCGGUCUAGAGCUUGAUUUUUCUCAAGGAUUGAAAGAAGUGAUAGCCGACAUUUUCUUCAACCGGAAACAAAUUCUUAACACGGAAGAGCUUGUGGAUGAAUCGCGGUAUUGUGAUCUUCCUCUGUUGGCAUACCUCGAGAGCUUGCCACUCACAUAUAAUGUCCAUAAACAGGAAAUUGUUAAGCAUUUGAGCAAUGAUGGAUCAUUAUUUCAGUCACCUUCUGCUACAGCUUCUGCGUUUAUGGCCACGGGAAACAUCAAGUGUAUAAGAUAUCUCGAGUCUCUCGUACGAAAUUGUCCUAAUGGAGGAGUACCAGCAAAGUAUCCUAUGGACGAAGAAUUAAUAAAGCUUUGCAUGGUUGAUCGUGUGCAAAGGCUGGGGUUGACUGAGCAUUUCAAUGAAGAGAUCGAGAAAAUACUUGAGAAAAUUUACAGGGAUCAGAAGAAGCAAAAUGCAAACCCAAGAAAAGCAGACUUUCUGUCACCCAUUAAAUUAUACAAGGACUCGUUGUCUUUUCGGCUCUUUCGAAUGCAAGGAUAUGAUGUAAAUCCAGGGAACUUCUGUUGGUUUCUGAAGCAUGCAGAAAUUCUGGAGCAUAUGGAAGAAAACUAUGAACAAUUCAUUACAGUGAUGUACAGUGUGUACACAGCCUCAGAUUUGUCAUUUCCUGAAGAGUAUGAGUUAGAGGAGGCAAGAAAAUUUGCCAAGAGAAUGCUAGAAAAAUCAAUUAAAAGAAAUAGGGAUCAUAAUUUUGUACUGUCCAAGGGAUUUCAGAAUGUGGUUGAGCAUGAGUUGAACCUUCCAUGGAUUGCUCGACUGGAUCAUCUUGACCAUAGGAAGUGGAUCGAAGAAUAUGAAGUCACCCCCUUUUGGAUUGGGAAGGCCUCGUAUUACAGGUUAUCGUGUCUUGACAACAAGAAGCUAAUGCAGCUUGCGGUGAAAAAUUAUGAGUUACGACAGUUGACAUUCAGAAAUGAAUUAGAGGAACUUAAAAGUUGGUCCGUGAAAUGGGGACUUAGUGACAUGGGAUUCGGUAGAGAAAAAACUGCAUAUAUAUACUUUGCUGUUGCUGCCAGCGUUUCCCUCCCUCUUGAUUCCAUUGUUCGAUUGAUAGUGGCAAAAGCUGGGAUAAUUGUCACAGUUGCUGAUGACUUCUAUGACAUGGAAGGUUCUCCGAGUGAGCUGGAAGUCUUGACAGAUGCUGUUAAAAGAUGGAAUGGCAAAGGACUACAAGGACAUGGUGAGACUAUCUUCAAUGUCCUUGACGAUUUUGUCAACAACAUUACAUCAAAGUUUCACACACAAGAAAGAAGUGAAAUUGGGGAAAAAAUUCGAGAUAUUUGGCGUGAAACAUUUGCUUCAUGGAUGGUGGAAAAAACCUGGAGCCACAGUGGGUAUAUACCGUCAGUGGAUGAAUAUCUUCAAACCGGGAUGAUUUCAAUUUCUGCACACGCCCUUACUCUUCCAGCCUCGUGUUUGUUGAAUCCAGGCAUACCAAAUGAAAAGCUCAAACCUGCAGAAUACGAGAACAUCACGAAAUUGCUCAUGGCUAUAACACGAUUGUUGAAUGACACUCAGAGUUAUCAGAGGGAAAAAGCAGAUGGAAAAAUGAAUCUUGUAUUGCUCCACUCGAACGAAAAUCCAGAAGCUGAUAUCGAUGAGUCGAUUGCUUAUGUGGAAGAGAUUGUGGGAUUGAAGUGGAAAGAAUUCCUCAAACAUGUUCUGAUGGAUGGAUUUGAUGAUUUGCCAAAACCAUGCAAGAAUCUUCAUCUGUCUUGUUUGAAAUCAUUUCAAAUGUUUUUUAACUCUUCCAACUUAUUUGAUUCCAACACAGCACUUGUAGAUGACAUCAAGAAAGCUAUUUACCUACCUAUUGAUCGCAUGCCCAAGCCUUUCUUGAAGCCUCUGCCAUCACCAGUUCCUGCCAAGAAGGACAAUUCUACCAAAACAUCUGCAAGUUUCGAUGGAGACUUAAGAAAUCGAGGAAGCACAUGUAUGACCAAACAACAAUCUAAUUUUGGGAAAAUAUCUAUUAAACGACCUGAGAAGGUUCAUAUCCCUGUGAGAUUCAAUUUCUGCUUCAUCUGA